CUAUUUUUUUCAUUCAUAUGUUUAGAUUUAUUAAUAUCAAUAUGAAUAUGAAUAAAGUUAAAAUAAUUUACAUUGUGAAACGGAGGAAGUAACUAAUUGGAGAUUUAACAUCACCUGAAACAACGACGAAUUAAGGUGGUGUUAAAUCUCCAUUUAGUUAAUUUUUUUUUACGGAAGGAGUACACACAUAGCGUGACACUCCUACAAGUAUCCUCCAUGCGAUCAGUAGUGUAGCGACGAGGGGUGAGAGAGAUGGCAGCGUCGACGCCGGCGGCGAGCAGAGAGCGGCGGUGGAGCCUCGCCGGCAAGACGGCGCUCGUCACCGGCGGCACCAAAGGCAUCGGGCGCGCGAUCGUGGAGGAGCUCGCCGGGUUCGGGGUGAGGGUGCACACGUGUUCACGCCACGACGCCGACCUGCAGGACUGCCUCCGCCGGUGGAACGCCGCCGACGGUGGCGGCCUCGGCGGCGGCGCGGCGGCGCCCGUCACGGCGUCCGUCUGCGACGUGUCGGUGCGCGGCGACAGGGAGGCGCUGGUGGCGGCGGCGCGCGCCGCGCUCGGCGGGAGGCUGGACAUACUCGUCAACAACGUCGGCCAGACGCUGUUCGGCGCGGCCGCGGCGUGCGCGGCGGAGGACUACGCGCGCAUCAUGGCGACCAACCUCGAGUCCUGCUUCCACCUCGCCCAGCUCGCGCACCCUCUCCUCCUCGGCGCCGGCGGCGCCGCCGCGAGCGUGGUGAACAUCUCCUCCGUCGCAGGGUUCAUCGCCUACCCGGCGCUGUCCGUCUACUCGGCGACGAAGGGCGCCAUGAACCAGCUCACGCGGAGCCUCGCCGCCGAGUGGGCGCGCGACGGCAUCCGCGUCAACUGCGUCGCGCCGGGCGGCGUCCGGACCGAUAUCGCCGGCAGCAGCGGCGUGGCGCUGGAGCCGGGGGCGGCGCGGGCGAUGGAGGAGAGGGAGGCGGCGCGGGUCGUCAUGGGCCGCAUCGGCGAGCCCGAGGAGGUGGCGUCGCUCGUCGCGUUCCUCUGCAUGCCGGCGGCGCCGUACAUCACCGGGCAGGUCAUCUGCGUCGACGGUGGCCGCACCAUCACCGCCUAGGCAGCUAGGCUAAUGAAUCCAGAAUUCCUAAAACAUAUUUUGCUUUGCUCUCGUUACCGAUCAUAUAAACCAGAUAUUUGCUCCAGUCUAGCAAAAAAAUAUCUCGAAGUACCGGUACCUCACGGUACCAAAUCAUCUCUGAUCACUAGAUAUAGCUCGGUAGGAUAGGUAUCGUCAAAUCCAACAAUUAGAAAAGAUUUAGUACCGUGAGGUACCGAUACCUCAAGAUAUUUUUUAUUUGAUCGGAGCAAAUCUCUAUAAACCAUUAUCAAUCUACCGCCCUACAUAUAAUUUAGUCCCUCAAAACUUCAUUCUGAGGUCAUAUUUGUUGAUUUGUAAUGUUUCAUUAUGUCUAAACAAAUCGGAUAUAAUUUACUACCGGGCCAA